AUGACGGAGGUUCCGGGGAUACCAGUCACUAUUACCUGCGGGAUAUGUUUUGGAAUUCUUCACGAUCCCGUCACGCUCAGCUGCAAACACAGCUUUUGCGCAUCUUGUGUGCUAGGGAGGUUGGAAUGCUUGGAAGGUAGAGAUUUCAUUUGCCUUCUUUGUAGCACCAAACAGGAGCACAUUAACAAUGAAACAUUACCGAAAUUAGUGGACAAUGAACUUAGGGCUUACGUUAAGGCGAGAGUUGAGGGCCUCGCCCAGCAACCGGUUUGCCAAUGGUGCCAAGAGGUUGCUGCUGCGAUACAAUGUGAUGAAUGUGCAGGCGCUUAUUGCAUGGAUUGCAACACUGCUGUGCACAAAAACGCCACGAAGCGCCACCAUACAUUUUUCCCACUUGAUGACGCUCAAGAAACACGAAAGCUUUAUAGAUGCUGCGGCGUUCAAGGCCAUGAAGAGUAUCGAUUAGAGUUUUACUGCAAGGUUUGUGAAAGUCUUUGCUGCGCAUAUUGUUUGCUCACCGGCCCUCAUAACGGUCAUGAAAGCAUUAGCGUACCAGAGGCGGCUGCCAUAUUUAGGAAUAGAGCUCCCGGUGAGAUUACCCUCAUGACAGACAAGAAGGAGAGAUUAGAAAAGAAGGUGAAUCAGUUAAAUGUCGUGACGACAAGAUACUUUGACUCCUUAGAGGAGGUUAAGAAAUCAAUAAAAGAACGCUUUAGCCAACUACAGAUGAUGGUGUCACAACGUGAAAAGGAGCUUCUUGAAGCCCUCGGGUCGUUGUGCGAUACCGGCCAUGCCUCCUUAAAUCAAUGUAGGGGAAGGGUGUUGGCAAAAGCAAAUGCUAUUAAUGAGUCGGUUGUUCUACUGCAACACAUGAAACGCGGUUGUUCAGAUUAUAAGAUAUUAGAGAAUCGAUCAUAUCUUUCGUACCACCUCAGUGAAGAAACUCCGGAUGUAGAAGGGCUUGGUUUUAAGUUUUUUGAGGUUGGUGAUUUUGGUUUACCUCAAUUUAAAUUAUUUCUAGAUUUGAGGUCGGAAGAACAUUCCAAAAACGGCAUUAGAAGGGACACAAACCUCAGGAGAUGUAUUCCACAUUCACAAGUGGAUGACGAUUCCCGACCACAAUCGGGAAAAGUGUUGAAUGUUUGCGCACAAGACGGUAGCAUGAUACCACUGCGAACAGGUAGACGCUUCACAUUAACGGAGCGUGAAGGCAUUGACUUGAAGGUGUUGAACAGUGUCGUUCAUGUAACUGCUCAGCCCAAUGAAGCCGAUAGUUUAAAGCAAAUUGGUAUCCGUACUGAACAAACUGUGGAGGAAAUUGCGCGCUUGUUUCCUGAGGAGCGUGGGCGUGUGACGUGGCGUGUCCAGCUCGGAAAGGGGUUUGACAAAUCAUUUGUCGGUGUGGUUGAAAGGACAGACACUUCCCUUGUUCCAGGAGGGUUCUACUGGAAACCCACAAAACUCGGUGUUGUUGAUGGAGGCAUUGGUAGAAUUGGUCAAUCCUUCAAGGAAUUACCUGUGUGUUGUAUCGGUGACGUUUUGACCUUCACAUAUAGCGUAGAUGAAGGUUCACUCGGCAUUAAUGUAAAUGGAAAGUACUACGGAAAUCUGGUUACUAGCCUUCAUCCGCGAAUAUCUCCCUGUUUCAUCCUCUACCCCAAGGAAUCCUUGAUUGUGUCGUGCUGA